AUGCUGAGCAGAGGCGGAAAAGCGGAGCCGGAAUUGGUUCCCAAUGUUUUAGUGCUACCAAAAAAAGAAGGGGGGGGUAGUAAUCGUGGGGCCCCUCACACCCCGCUGCGGUACACUCACCCUCACCAAAGUCCUUCCGGAAGUCCAAGUUCGAAGAUGGCGCCGCCUGUCUGGUCGCCGUUUUAUGACGAAAUCUAUGCGGCCAGCGUCCCCGAGCCCGUCGCAGCGGGCGCCGCUCCCGGGCCUCCGAGGCGCGAGGGAAGCGGCACGGCCUUAUGGGAAUUGCAGUGUCCCGAAGGGAAGACUGACGCCUGCGCGGUGACGGCCGUCGCGCCCCCGCGGGUUCCCACGCGGCUUCUAUGCGAGCCUCGAGAGUGCGGGCGCCCAGGCCCGAGUGUCGCUCCCGAACGCUGA